AUGAAAUCCGAACGCGAGGGCGAGACAGAAGACACGUCCCGAUUGACGUAUCCCUCUCCCGGACCGGAGGCGAUGGAUUCCGGCCCCUUUUAUCACUCCAGCGCCCGAGAUGGCGCUGCUGAACCCCCAGACCAACCCGAUCAGCCCCAUCAGCCCGAUCAACACAUGGCAGCCGACUUGCAAGGGCAGGAACAUGACCAGACACACGUCACGGCGCAGGAGCCGGCGACACAGCAGCAUCACUUGUCCCGACCGGCCAAUCUGGAAGAGCUACAGUUGGCGGCGCAACUCGGCCAAGGCUUAGCUGGGGCUGCCGAUGCCAAUAUGAACGUGGAAGAUUCCGGCGAGCGCAACAUGAUGCCGCAUCCACAUCCCCAUCCCCAUCCCCAUCCUGAAUCGGAUCAGCAUCAUGCACCUCCAUACGUUCAGGAAGCGCCCGCGCCCGAUCCCAUGGCUCAGCAUCAGAUGCCCGUGCAGGCUGUCGGUCCCCCACUACCGCCACACUACUCCAUUGGCGACGGUAUCCCUCCGCGGAAGAGAUCGAAGGUGUCACGUGCAUGUGACGAGUGCAGGAGAAAGAAGAUCAAGUGCGACGCUCAGUCAGAUACUGGUGGGACGCCAUGUUCGAGCUGCGCCCGGUCAAACACGACCUGUCUGUUCAGCAGAGUGCCUCAAAAGCGUGGUCCGAGCAAAGGAUACAUCAAGGAGCUAGCGGACCGCAUUCACAGCAUAGAGAACAAGUUGGAAUCGGAGGGUAAUCUCAGUCAAGACGAUUUAGACAAAUUAUUUUCGACGGACCGUUCACGGCACAGCAAUGGACUGGAAGAUUCCACACGGAAACGACCUUUUUCAAGCAUCUCUACUGGGGGGGACUUGACAACCCAUAAUGGGAUCCGCCAAGCGCCCUGGGGCUCGGAUCCGCGAUCCGCCCCGACUGCACCGACUGCCGCCGACGCUUCUGCGCACGAGUACACGAGUAACAGCUCCUUGGCCCCGCAGCCCUCCCCGGUCAGACUCGAUGACCUGCCCACAAAGCCGGCGUCCGAAGCUGCGGAUGUUUCCGUGGCAGAUGGUGAUGUUGCGGACAUUGACGACCAGGUUUACCAGGAUUUCCUGUCGUCAGUUCAACCAGUCUACCCCAUACUACCAACCGACAAGACCACGAUGCAGUCGCUCUUAUCCAGAGCACCUGCGGCCGUUCGAACUGCAUUCAGCCUCGCCUUGCCGUGCGUGGGUCAAUCAUCCUCUGGGGAUGCCAAGAUUGCCAGCUCUGUGCUUCACGAGUGGGAGAGCAGCGGCAUUGCACGGACUCGGGCAACAGACAUUGUCCAUGCCCAAACGCUGUUGAUGCUGAUAAUCGAUGCCGACUGGAGAGCUUCGUCGACGCUCCCGUUUCUGCUUGCUCGAGGCGUCGCCCUUGCCAACACGAUGAAGCUGUGGAAGAUGCCGACGGUCGAUGUCGAAUCUGAAAAUGACUCGGAGGACCAGUUGUGCGUGCGUAUUUGGUGGUCCUUGGUGCUGAUGGAUCGGUGGCAUGCGGCUGGAACCGGCCAGCCGCCUCUCAUCUCUGACAGAAGCGCCGUCAUUCCUGCUGGGUUGGAAAAUAUCAUUGGGGAGGUUUCAUUUUAUCUUCUUCGCCUGUCGAAGCUGUUGAAUCGAAUCUCCUUUGUCAUCUCGACUCUGCAAGCGGGAGCCUCUGCGGCCGACGCCUCCAUGGCCGCCAUCCUGACCGACUACAUCGAGAACUACCGGGAAGACCUGCCGGCGCACAUUGACGCGGCGGCAUAUCCCAUGAUCCAUCUCGCCUACUGGCACUGCCGGCUCCUCGUCGCCCUGCUCACGCCAGGAAUCACGCCCAAGGAGAUGAUGUGGCCGACCAAGGAGCUGGCCCACCUGUUGACGGUGAGCGCCGAAGUCAAGAGCCCGCUGAUCAACCACUUUGUCUCGCUCGCGACGCUGGCCCUGGGGGAACUGGGCAGGAGCGAGGCGACGCGCGACGAGGUGGCGGACACGAUAAGGGGCAUUUCCGAACGGCCCGGGGGGGACCACUGGGACGGUGUCCGAGACAAGCUGUGCGAGCAGCUGAGGCCGGCGGCCUCGCUGUCUGGCGUGGAAGCCACGGCCAGUCAGGGGCUGCAGCACCUGGCGGAUUUGGCGACGGCGCACGACGGAGGGGCCGCAGGGGACGAGGCGCAGUUUGGCUGCACCAUUUCCAUAUCCGCGGGGUAUCUGGAGGCUGCAGCACAUGGCUGA